AACGAAGCGGAAGCGGCGAGGAACACAUGCUCUGUCCCCAAUUCUUGGCGAGUUGUUGUGGACAAAAAGAGAACGAAGGCGGAAAAAGGGAAAACAGGAAGAAGCCACAGCCGAAGCAGCCCGCCCGCCCGCCAUUCUUGCCAAGUCGAGUCCACGCCCCCGGCCGCGGCGACGCGGCGCCCCCCUUCGGUUCUCGCCUCGGGAGUCGCGGAUUGGUAGAGGAAGCGGGUGGAUUUGAGCGGGCGCGGCCAUGGAUACGACCACCAGGGCCGCCAAGAUCCCGUCGCUCCACCAGACGGAGAUCAACUGGGACAACCUCGACAAGACCAAGCUCUAUGUGGUGGGCGCUGGCAUGUUCAGCGGCGUCACCGUGGCGCUGUACCCGGUCUCGGUAGUCAAGACCCGGAUGCAGGUCGCCUCUGGGGACGCCAUGAGGAGGAACGCGCUGGCCACCUUCAAGAACAUCCUCAAGGUGGACGGGGUGCCAGGGCUGUACCGGGGUUUUCCUACUGUUAUCAUCGGGGCUGUCCCAACUAGGAUCAUCUUCCUCACGGCACUUGAGACAACCAAAGCUGCUUCGCUCAAGCUCGUUGAGCCCUUCAAGCUGUCGGAGCCGGUGCAGGCUGCCUUUGCCAAUGGCCUUGCCGGUCUGUCUGCAUCUACGUGCUCACAGGCUAUUUUUGUUCCGAUUGAUGUGAUAAGCCAGAAAUUGAUGGUUCAAGGAUAUUCUGGUCACGCCAGAUAUAAAGGUGGAAUAGAUGUUGCUCGAAAGGUCAUAAAGGCUGAUGGGGUUAAGGGGCUAUACAGAGGAUUUGGACUGUCUGUUAUGACCUACGCACCGUCUAGUGCUGUGUGGUGGGCGAGUUAUGGAUCCAGCCAGCGCAUAAUUUGGAGUGCCCUUGGCCAUUGGCAAAACAAAGAAGAGGCUCCUAGCCAGUUGAAAAUAGUUGGUGUUCAAGCGUCAGGGGGAAUUAUUGCUGGUGCAGUGACCUCUUUUGUUACAACUCCCAUUGAUACAAUCAAGACCAGGCUGCAGGUUAUGGAUAACGAAAACAAGCCAAAAGCUGGGCAAGUUGUUAAAAAAUUGAUUGCAGAAGAUGGAUGGAAAGGUUUGUACCGAGGGUUAGGUCCAAGAUUUUUCAGCUCAUCAGCUUGGGGUACCUCAAUGAUAUGGUGAAUGUUGACGUCGGUGCUGUGUAGUGUGCAGGACGUCAGGGGCUCGUCGAAGAGCUUCCCCAAGCACGAGGCGAAGCACGUCUCUGACCAUAAGAACAUUGCUCGGUGUGCCAGAUUUAGUCCUGAUGGCAAGUAUUUCGCAACUGGGAGUGCUGACACAUCGAUUAAGUUCUUCGAGGUUGCUAAAAUUAAGCAGACGAUGGUAGGAGACUCCAAAGAUGGAUCUGCGCGGCCUGUGAUACGAACAUUUUAUGAUCACAUGCAGCCCAUCAAUGAUCUGGAUUUUCAUCCUGAGAGUCCAAUACUGAUAUCAGCUUCGAAAGACAAUACCAUAAAAUUCUUUGACUUCUCAAAAACCAAUGCAAGGAAAGCAUUCAGAGUUAUUCAGGAUACCCAUAAUGUUAGAUCUGUAUGUUUUCAUCCUUGUGGGGAUUACCUUUUAGCAGGAACUGAUCACCCAGUUGCUCAUCUGUAUGAUGUAAACACUUUCACAUGCUAUUUAUCAGCAAAUCCACAGGAUUCUGGUUCUCCCAUUAACCAGGUUCGUUACUCUUGUACUGGGAGCUUGUAUGUUACUGCUUCUAAAGAUGGCUCUCUGCGCAUCUGGGAUGGAGUUUCUGCUGAAUGUGUUCGUCCUAUUAUUGGAGCACAUGGAUCUGCGGAAGCUACUAGUGCAGUUUUUACCAAAGAUGAGAGGUACCUCCUGUCUUGUGGGAAGGAUUCUUCUGUCAAGUUGUGGGAAGUUGGGACUGGACGACUUGUGAAGCAAUAUGCAGGAGCUGUUCGCAGACAAUUCCGUUGUCAGGCUGUCUUUAAUGAAACUGAGGAGUUCGUGCUAUCAGUUGAUGAACAAAACAAUGAGGUUGUCGUCUGGGAUGCACUUACUGCUGAAAAAGUUGCAAGAUUGCCCCCUGGCGGCACCGGUGCUCCUAGAUGGCUUGACCACUCCCCAGUAGAGCCAGCGUUUGUUACUUGCGGAAAUGACAGAUCCAUCAGAUUCUGGAAACAAACUGUGUAGGCAUGUAGAUUCAACCAUUCAAAGUAAGAGUUUGUUUGUAGCAUUACUAUUUCAGGGUAAUUUUGAGCAACUCGAGCGGUUGUAUAUGGGAGAAAUUUGCACAAGCUAUACAUUUAUUUACUUUGUAACAAACUAUGGUUAGAAUGUUUUUCACUCUGCAUGGAAAAUGGACCAUUAAUUUUUUUUAAAAAAAUGUGCUUUGAGGGA